CCGUCACUCAUCCAGUUGCUUCCAACUUGUUGGUUUCUUGAAGCAGUUUAUAUUGUUGCAAUGGGUGACUGCAGUGUUGGCGACUUUCUGCUGGUCUUCCUCCUGUUGUCCAUCCUUCACAAUGGAUUGUCUGAUGGGGACAGUGAUAAUGAGGUAAGAUACAUCGGACUUAUGAUUUUUCACAACUCUACUCGAAGUCAACUGGUAACCAAGAGACACGUGAUCAUUGGAUCCAAGUUCCGAUUACGAGAGUGUCGAACACGUUUUUCCAGGUUUUGAUCAUGAAAGUUGUGCUCCAAUGAAAAGCGUGGACUAUGAUGCCAACAAGUAUGGAACCAAAAUAUACAAGCUCGCAGCAAACUCAAAUUAUCUCCAAGAAGUGAAGGCAACUGAUUAUUUCAGCCAUUCUAGUAUGCAGGCUCUCAAUUGUGAAGUGAAAAAGUUGUUACAGGAUGAAACUAGAGAAUCGAAACGUUAUGUGAAAAUUGUGAACUCAUGGUCCAGCAUCAAUGACAAUAUUCGUGAAAUAAAAUACUACAGCGGAGUUUCAGUGUCGAUUGGAGAAUGUAUCCAAGUUACGGAGAUCAAAUGUAUGGCAGAAUUAUUGGGAGGACAAGGUCUUGUUCAGUUCAAAUGCGACUUCGGUACUGGAAGACCAGCAAACCGUCCCAUCAUUGUUCCAAACCCUGUGUACAUAGAUGAGACAACACGAGAGUACUUUCCCAAUGGCAAUGAAAGAAGAGAAUAUGAGCUCCAUUUGCCUGGAGAUCAGUCAUCGAGAGAGUGGGAAGGAAAGAGGAUUAUGAGAAUUGGAAAGAGCUCUAAGGAAUUGGGACUGUCAACUGAAAAAUUGAAGUAAGUAAUCUGAAA